AUGACUGUAUUUGGACUUAGUUGCUUGGUAACACCAGCGUGUCUAGCGAUCUCAGUUGGAGGUCAGGUGAUUGUAUGUUCUCCACUUGAGGUGAAAUACGAGCAUUUUUUUGCCGAAACAUUAGCCCAAGCAGGUCACAAUCUUCAAGAAGAAUUGACCCAAGAUUUAGAAAAAAACACUGAAGGAAUUACUCUUUCCACUAUUCAUGGUGUUAAAGGGAAAAGUAGUGCUUGA